UACCUCUUUCAUCUGGUACAGUAACUUCAGCAUAUGCAAUGUAAUAUAAAUAACCACUUUCUUAUUUGCAAAUAAAUAAUACAAAAUCAUAGAGUUGGACUUUUUAGCGCUAUUUAAAAUACCAAAAUGUCUUACUUCGUUGACGUUGUUACAGAAGACUCAUUUUAUGAAAAUCUGACGUUAGGUGUCGUUAAAAUUUUGGAAAAUAGUCCAUGCGUGAAAAAUGUUCAAAUCGACUUGAGAAGUGCUUGUGACAGAGUAGCUCUUUCAACUUGGGAGCAAAGACAUUGUUGUAAUUUGUCAGAAGAAGUGAGAAAUUUUUAUGCUUCUAUUGACGGAUUUUUAUUAACUUGGAGUCUGGAAAUUGCAGGGGAAGAAUUCCCACUGGGUCGAAUGGAGGUCAGCAAUCUCGCUUCCCUAAAGCGUUUCGUGGGCAGCAAAGAACAGCAAGCGGCAGCAGAAUCACGCCAUCAUGAAGGUCCUCAAGUUCCUUCCUUUGACCCUCGUUGUAAGCUCUUCGAAAUUGCUCAGAGCGGUGAAAGUAAAGUAAUUCUGGCUGACCAAGUUCGUUCUGACCAAGAAGAACCCGGAAUAUGGCUUUACCAUCCGGGUAAAGACCAGUGGCAUUAUUUAGCUGAAAAUUUUACCAAAUACUUUCGAAUGAUGUUGGUACACCUUGGACUUCCACUUUGGCAACAUUGCAUUGUUGGGAUACCAGUACCCACCUGGGUGGAGCAAGUUUUCUUUCUAGUGGGGCCACACCUGCUACCAACGACUGUUAAACCAAAAGAAUCUGUAUCAGAGAUCCUCUGGAGUGAAGGUCCUACGAAUGUAGUCGAUCCUGCAAUUUUCAAGAAUAGGGAGAAGCAGCAGAGGAGCUUGAAAAAGAAAUAAUCGAAGGCGAACUUCUUCAAUGAUAGGUGCAUGAUUGAUUCAGAAAAAGAGUUUUAACUCUUUUGUUAUUUAGAGCCUUUUCUAUUUAAUUGUUAUUGAAUUAAUCAAUUUUAAAAACUGCUGUAUAAAUUAUUUGA